AUGGACAUUCCCGAAGGUCACAACACUUUCAACGAAAGGGUCAUCACAUUCCAGAGUCAAGAGACUAUCGCCAAUUCUGUCUCGCCGGGCUUUUACACCGGCUAUCAUGACCGCCCGGGCCGGGAAAUGAGACAACGACGAAACGAGAGGCACUGUCGUUUGUACAAGGUCCCUCGAGAAAUUUUGUUCGAGAUUGUACACCAGCUUGAACCCACGGAAGUCUUUCAAUUACGCCAUGUAUCGCAGCUGUUCUUACGACUGACGUCGGUCAAAGAUUUCAAAAAUCUUUUCCAAAUCACAAGCCUACAAAAGCUUGAACAACUGAUGCAAGGCGUCUUAGGUGACCCGAACAUCCCCCCUCGCUUCUCGUCACCAUUCCUCUUCUGGGUGGCCUUCGAUGAACGAGCCAAGAUCAGAGAGUGGCGUCGAAGGGAACUCUUGUGCCAGACGUGA